UGGCAUCGGAACUGAUGAUGGCGACGCAUCGCAAAGCAACAAUGAUACGAUAUAUCUUUCGCGUUCUGUGCAUCCUGUUUGCGGUGGUGAUUGUCGUGUGUUUGGUAGGAUUUCUGAACAGUAACGGUAAUACACGGGACGGUCAGUCGAGACGAGGGGCGCGCUUUCUGGUCGGACAGGAAUUACUACCAUUCGACAUGACUCCGAAUCCGAACCGUUGGACACCACCAGGUGAGCUGGGAUCCGCGGUCUCAUUGGGAUCUACCGAGGAGUCCGUCGCGCUAAUGGUGAAGCUGGGAUACGAAAAGCAGGGACUCAAUCAGUACGUUUCCGAUUUGAUAUCGGUGCGACGAAAAUUGCCGGAUAUUCGCGCCGAUUGGUGUCGGGAACAAAGUUACUCCAAUCUCCCCUCGGCGUCGAUCGUGAUUGUGUUCUACAACGAAGCGUGGUCGGUGCUUGUAAGGACCGUUCACUCCAUACUGGAUCGAUCGCCAGUGGAACUGGUGAGAGAAAUCGUUCUCGUGGAUGAUUUCUCCUAUCUGCCCCAUCUGAAAACCCAACUCGAGGAUUACAUGGUAGACUACCCGAAGGUUAGAAUCGUUCGAGCCCCGGAGCGACUCGGACUGAUGAGGGCGAGGCUGCUGGGAGCACAAAGUGCCGUGUCCGAUGUGUUGGUUUUCCUCGACGCUCACGUUGAGUGCACCGAGGGAUGGCUCGAGGCACUGCUGGAUCCGGUUGCCCGCAAUUGGACCACCAUCUCCAUUCCCACCGUCGAUUGGAUCGACGAGAAUGAUAUGCAUCUGCGCUCGGAUUCGGCACCACAGUUUUACGGUGCCUACGAUUGGGAUCUCAACUUUGGUUGGUGGGUUCGAGACACGAGGAAAAAGAAAUACGAGAAUAAGUACGAGCCGUUCGAUUCGCCAGCCAUGUCCGGAGGAUUGUUCUGUAUUACGAGAAGAUUUUUCGAACACCUCGGAUGGUACGAUGAGGGGUUCGAAAUCUACGGCGUUGAGAAUAUUGAGCUGUCGAUGAAGAGUUGGAUGUGUGGCGGAAAAAUGGUGACCGUUCCGUGCUCUCGCGUGGGUCACAUUCAGAAGACCGGACAUCCGUACAUGAUGCAUACAUCGAAGGAUGUUGUUCGGGCAAAUUCUCUCCGAUUGGCGGAGGUUUGGAUGGAUGAGUACAAACACGUGAUCUUCGACAUUUACGGAAUACGGAAGUAUCCUGUGGAGGAAGUCGGGGAACUUUGCUCGAGGAGAGAAAUUAGGCACAAAGCAAACUGCAAAAGUUUCCGUUACUACGUUGAGAAUGCUUUCCCCGAGAUGAGGAACCCGAUGGUGAAGGGAGCGUUUCGUGGAGCGAUGAGAAACAGGGCACUUGAUCCCAACACUUGUCUGGAGUAUCGGAAGGAACUGAAGUCUCUGACAAUGGUUCCGUGCGAUCAGGACUCGCCUAAUCAAUUCUGGACCCACAACUACUAUCGGGAACUGAACACCCGACGGAACUGCAUCGAUUUCACAGGGAGUGGUGCAGUGCUGGUGUUUGGUUGUCAUCGAUCACGUGGCAAUCAGGAAUGGGAAAACGUUAACUCGACCGGACAGUUCAAAAGCGUCAAACAUGGCAAAUGUUUGGCGGUAGAUUUGAGCACUAAUAAAACGCUGAAAAUGGAGGAUUGUGACGCGAAUCGGGACGCUCAAAUGUGGUUGGUCGAUUUGAUUACUUUGGAUGUGUCGUUUUUCUCAAAUCCUUAGCUACUUAAGGUGAAGCAGUGAAGUGACUGUAAGAUUAAACAUUGUACUCUUCUUAUACUUUAGCACACUUUCAUCAAAUAUAAAUCGAAAAUAAGUGAAUGAAAUAGUAUAAUUAUUCGACCUUUGGAACCAAAAACUGUCGAAUAACAUCAACUCAUCAGUACUAAAAAUAUAGUUUUACAAAGGCGUUGUGAUAAUCACCAAUUUCAAUUAUGACACAUUAUAACAGAAGAUGUCACAGAACUGGAAAAGCAUUUUGCUUAUAUUGUAGUGUAUGGUGUAUGGAACAAGAUUUAUUUUCAAAGUGCUCGAAUCGUUGUGCCGUUCUAUCCUUUGCUCGUUCUGCAGUGUGUAGUGGCAGAUCAAUGAAUGCGUGCCUUUCUGGGAUGAACCAAGCGAAAAAUAUGUAAGGAAUAUCCUGUUUCACUACGAUUUUUUUCAAAGUUUAAAGCCUCAUAAAAACAAAGGACCGACAAGUGAGAAGAGAUGUUUAAUAUCUGAUUUCGGCGCCGGGUACAUUUUGUGCUGUCGUGUUUAUGAAUUUUGUGCACUUCGCAUCAAGAGAGAAUACGUGUUUGCUUUGAACGUGCGCUGAUGAAAAUUAAGCUCAAGCGCAGCGCUGAGUGUGUUUUCUGAAGACUGUUGCAAACAGAUGACCAGAGUGAUAAGAAGUGUAUCGAAAAGUAGUAUUAAACUUUUAAACAUCAAAAUAAAAUGGAAGACGUUCAGAA